AGACUGAUACCUUUAUGUUGACUCCUACUGAUGAGGAAAGUGACCACCAGCUCCUCUCUCACAACUCUCAUGUAGCUGAGAGCCAAGAUCAGAAAGGAGGCAAGCAUGGAGACUCAGGCUCAACUAGAACUGCAGAGCCAAAUCAACAGAGUCUACAUCACGAAAGCACAAGUCACAGUAACAAUGUAGACAACCCUCACCUGUCAGAGAUGCACUGUGAUACUCACACAGGUAAACAGCCUUUAAAAUGUGACACAUGUGGAAAAGACUUUAAGUAUAAAUCAUUACUAGAGAUACAUCUGAGAACCCACACAGGUGAGAAGCCAUAUUCUUGUAAAACAUGUGGGAAAAUAUGUACACAGAAAUCAGCAUUGAACUCUCAUAUAAGAACCCACACAGGUGAGAAGCCAUAUUCUUGUAAAACAUGUGGGAAAAGAUUUCCUCAUAAUUCAGCAUUGAACUAUCAUAUAAAAACCCACACAGGUGAGAAGCCGUUUGCAUGCAAAACAUGUGGGAAAGCUUUCAGUUUGAAUUGUAACUUGAAAGUCCACAUGAGAAUCCACACAGGUGAGAAGCCAUAUUCUUGUAAAACAUGUGGGAAAAGAUUUCCUCAGAAAUCAGCAUUGAACUAUCAUAUAAAAACCCACACAGGUGAGAAGCCGUUUGCAUGCAAAACAUGUGGGAAAGGAUAUACUCAGAAAUCAGCAUUGGACUAUCAUAUAAAAACCCACACGGGUGAGAAGCCGUUUGCAUGCAAAACAUGUGGGAGAGCUUUCAGAUUUAAUGCUAACUUGAAAGUCCACAUGAGAAUCCACACAGAUGAGAAGACAUAUUCUUGUAAAACAUGCAAAAAGAAAUUCCAGUGUAAUGAUAACUUGAAAGCCCACAUGAGAACACAUAUGGGGGGGAAAAGCUGCAUCACUGCAGCACAGAGGGUCCAGAGAUUAAAGAGUAACAGGAGGAACUAAAAGGAGUUUGACACUCCUGACUUCAGGGUUACACUCUGUAAUAAGUGUUGGAUCAUACACUAUUUCUACACACUACCUCAGCAAUGAGGUCACUGAGGUUAUUUCUUCGUUAGAGGAAUAUUGUCCAUCUGUUUUGGGUUAUUGGAUUGCAAUGGGAUAGUGCUUGAUGACCUGAAUGUACAGGUGUAAAUGCAGCUGUGAUAGAGGACAUGGCUGGUGGGAUGCUGGGCUUCAGAAGCUCGUGUGUAAUGCAUACUGGUACAUGCAGGCAGUCCCUGCACGGCUCCGCGAGCAGGAGAACUCAGCUUUAGGAUUCAGGGGGAUCUAUUGGCAGAAAUGGAAUAUAGUAUUCAUAACUGUUUUCUUUCGUCUAUAAUCACCUGAAACUAAGAAUCGUUGUGUUUUCAUUAAAUUAGAAUGGGCCCUUCAUAUCUACAUGAGGAGCGUGUCCUCUUCCACUGAGACCACCAUGUUGCCUCUUUAGUAUCCCAGAACAGACGAAACCAAACUCUGGCUCCAGAAAGGGUCUUUCUUGUUUUUAUGUUACCAGAAGCCACUGUAGGUUCUCUCAACACUUGGAAAAGGAGGUGAGCGGAGGAGUAUUCAGUUAGUUGCACCUGCAACCUCACCGCUAGAUGCCACUAAAUCCUACACACUGGACCUUUUUUAAGGGGAAAGUUAAUGUAACUGACAAUGAUGAACAAACUGUUAACCAGAUGAAUGUUACUGCAUUGUAUGAAACUUUUUAAUUCAACAACGAUGACACUGAGCAUGGAUGAUUGUAGCAACACUGUUAAUAUAAUGUGUUAUACUGCUGCACAUUGUUUGAAGACCGACUGUGACAGAACAUAUUGCUGGAAAGGCCAGAAGAUAUAGAAGCUUAAAGAGAACGUAUUCAUAUCACACAUGUUUGUUACCAAGGUAGAAUGGUGCAUCACAUUUUACGGUUUGUAAAUAAUGAAUGUGUGUAAACAUUGUCUUGAAGAGAUGCUAUCAAGUAAUUUAUUUCUAAAUGGUGCAAACAUAUUGUGAUAAAA